AUGGGCAUGAGACAGAAAAGUAGAAUCAAAGCAGUAGAAAUGAAAUACCUCAGAAGAGUGAAGGGAGUGACAAGAUUGAAUAAAAUAAGGAACGAGUCAAUAUGUCAAGAUCUGGAGAUAGAGCCAUUACAGGAUUUUGUAGAGAGAAGACAACUCAGCUGGUGGGGACAUUUGAAUAGAAUGAACAACGAGAGGCCUGCGAAGCAAAUAUGGGAGGCCAAAAUCCAAAAGAGGAAGAAAAGAGGAAGACCAGAACAAACAUGGAACAACACCAUCACCGAAAUAAUUAAGGAGAGAGGACGAACAUGGAGAGAAGCAAGAGAUAUGGCUGUGGAUAAAAGAGCAUGGACCAAAUUCGUACAUGGGGGAGAAAUCCAACAAUGA